GUAAACGCCGAAGGAUGCAAGCUCCCCUUCUUCAUUUGUUGUGAAUUUUCAGGCUUCGGUUGUAAAUCCCGCCAUCUCCGUAUCCGAAGUCGGCUUUUAAGCAUGCUUUGGGAUUUUUGUAUUCCGGGUUAAUUAAAUGUGCGGUAGAUAAAUUACGAGACUACACUGUACCGUGAUUAAUUCAGCAAGCAUUGUUAGUCACGCCAUAUUUACUUGCGAGUAAAAUUCGCUCACACAAUUCUCUACUGCGUAAUCCGUACAACCUACAAAUUUUCGAUCAUGGCAAACGUUUCUUUGGAUAAAGAGACAUUUUUCCGGCGUAUGAAACGCUUAUACACCGCGUGGAGAGAUGGGGAUCCAGACACAGAUGACAGCUUUUCCAAAAUGGAUUGUCUUGUUUCAGCGGUUGGAACCGACGAAGACAUUGUAUACAGCAAAUCCACUGCUCUCCAGACCUGGCUGCUUAGUUACGAGCUUACUGAUACCAUUAUGAUAUUAGCUGAAGAGUCGAUCUACUUUUUGGCCAGCAAGAAGAAAAUUGAGUUUUUACGUAAUGUCGAAAACCAAAAAACUGAGGAUACUGGGGUACCUCCCGUAAAGUUAUUAGUCCGAGACAGGACUGAUGAGGACAAAACGAAUUUUGCUAAACUCAUCGAUGUUAUACAGAGCAGUAAGAAAGGGAAAACUAUAGGGAUAUUUUCAAAAGAGAAUUACCCAGGUUCGUUCAUGGUUGCUUGGAAAGCUGCCUUGAAAUCAAAGUCCUUUGAAACAGUCGAUGUUAGUGCUGCAGCUGCUUAUGUUAUGUGCCCUAAAGAAGAUACAGAAAUUUUGACAAUCAAGAAAGCUUGCCUUGUGUCCGUUGACGUAUUCACAAAAUAUUUGAAGGAUCAAAUCAUGGAGAUUAUCGAUUCUGAUAAAAAAGUAAAACAUUCCAAACUUGCCGAAGGAGUUGAUGCAGCGAUAACCAACAAAAAAUAUGUGAAUGGGGUUGACAUAACACAGGUCGAUAUGUGCUACCCUGCAAUUAUUCAGAGUGGAGGUAACUACUCCCUAAAAUUCAGUGUGGUCAGUGACAAGAAUACACUUCAUUUUGGUGUUAUUAUUUGCUCUCUCGGAGCACGCUAUAAAUCUUAUUGCUCUAACAUUGUGCGAACUCUUCUUGUCAAUCCCACAAAAACUAUUGAGGAGAAUUACAACUUCCUACUACAAUUGGAAGAAGAGCUAUUGAAAAAAUUGGUAGCAGAUGUGAAAAUCUGUGACGUAUAUGAAACUGGGACCAAAUAUGUGAAAUCAGAAAGACCAGAAUUGUUGGAUCAUUUAACAAAGAACUUUGGUUUUGCAAUGGGAAUUGAGUUCAGAGAAAGUUCUCUGUUGUUGGGCCCAAAAACUACUUCAAUAGCUAAGAAAGGAAUGGUUUUUAAUGUUAAUGUUGGUUUUUCAAACUUGGCGAAUCCUGAAGCUACCGAAAAAGAGGGAAAAGUUUAUGCUCUCUUCAUAGGGGAUACAGUCAUGGUGAACGAAGGUCAGCCUGCUACCAUAUUAACUCCAUCUAAGAAAAAAGUAAAGAAUGUUGGGAUAUACUUGAAAGAUGAUGAAGAAGAAGAGGAGGAAGAAAGUGGGAAAGAAAAUACACCGAAACCAGAGAUCUUGGGUCGAGGAAAACGGACAGCUGUUAUAGAAUCAAAGCUUCGUACAGAGCAUAGUUCAGAAGAGAAGCGUAAGCAGCAUCAAAAGGAACUAGCGCAGCAACUAAAUGAAGUUGCGAAGGCACGCUUGGCUCAACAAUCAGGAGGAAAGGAAGAGGAGAAAGUUAGGAAAUCUACCGUAUCUUAUAAGAGUCUCAGCCACAUGCCACGUGAAACUGAAGUCAAAGAACUCAAACUCUAUGUUGACAAAAAAUAUGAGACAGUUAUCCUACCAAUUUUCAGUAUACCAGUGCCCUUCCAUAUAUCAACUAUAAAGAAUAUAUCCCAGUCCGUUGAAGGAGACUACACGUACCUCAGAAUAAACUUCUUCCAUCCUGGAGCAACCAUGGGUCGGAAUGAGGGAGGAACUUAUCCCCAACCUGAUGCUACUUUUGUCAAAGAAGUAACGUAUCGAAGUACAAAUACUAAGGAGCCUGGAGAAAUAUCUGCACCUUCAUCCAAUUUGAAUACAGCGUUCAGACUGAUAAAAGAAGUCCAGAAGAAGUUCAAAAAUAGAGAAGCUGAAGAACGAGAAAAAGAAGAUUUGGUUAAACAGGAUACUCUCGUUCUUUCCCAAAAUAAAGGCAAUCCUAAACUCAAAGAUCUUUACAUCAGGCCAAACAUUGUCAGCAAAAGAAUGACUGGAGGAUUAGAAGCCCAUACGAAUGGUUUCCGUUACACUUCAGUCAGAGGGGAUAAAGUGGACAUUCUGUAUAACAACAUAAAAAAUGCAUUCUUCCAACCUUGUGAUGGAGAAAUGAUUAUACUUUUGCACUUUCAUCUCAAGCACGCUAUCAUGUUCGGUAAAAAGAAACAUGUAGAUGUUCAGUUCUACACGGAAGUAGGAGAAAUCACAACAGAUUUAGGUAAACACCAACAUAUGCACGAUCGUGAUGACCUUGCUGCUGAACAAUCCGAGCGAGAACUCAGGCACAAAUUGAAGACUGCUUUCAAGAGCUUUUGCGAAAAGGUAGAAGGGAUGACUAAGCAAGAAAUUGAAUUUGACACACCGUUCAGAGAAUUGGGAUUCCCUGGUGCACCUUUCCGCAGUACUGUGCUUUUGCAGCCAACAAGUGGUUGUCUUGUAAACCUUACAGAAUGGCCUCCGUUCGUCAUCACCCUAGAAGAUGUGGAGCUAGUACAUUUCGAAAGAGUUCAAUUCCAUUUGAAAAAUUUCGAUAUGAUAUUCGUAUUCAAAGACUAUCAUCGAAAAGUUUCUAUGGUCAACGCAGUCCCUAUGAACAUGAUUGACCAUGUGAAAGAGUGGUUGAACUCCUGCGACAUUAUAUACUCCGAAGGAGUUCAGUCAUUAAACUGGACAAAAGUUAUGAAAACUAUCACAGACGAUCCGGAAGGAUUCUUUGAAAUUGGUGGGUGGACAUUUUUAGAUGCAGAGUCUGAUACUGAACAAAAUGUAGAGGACGAAGAGGAAGAGGAAGAUGAUGCCUACGAGCCUACCGACAUUGAAAGUGAAGAGGAGUCCGAUGAUGAUUCAGAAUAUUCUGAGGCCUCUGAAGAUUCUGAUAGUGAAGAGGAGUUAGGAUCGUCUGAAGAAUCUGGAAAGGACUGGUCAGAUUUGGAACGUGAAGCAGCAGAAGAAGAUAAAGAACGAGGCGAUGUUCGCUUUCAAGACGAUUACAACAAUGCUAAUAAAAAAGGACAGACAUCAUCCAAGUCAAAGAAUAGUUCAAAGCAUAACAAAAGUUCAUCGAGUUCCAAGAGCAGACAUUCGUCUAGUGGGAGGGAUCGAAGGUCAUCAGAUAAACACAGAUCUGAUCGUUCUCGAAGUGGAGGAUCACCCAAGAAGGUGUCUCCUUCCAAAUCAUCCAAACACAGUCCCAAGAAAAGUGAUAGACACGACAAACACAAAUCUACGCAUUCUUCAUCGAGUAGCAAAAAACGUUCGCGUGACGAUAGCUCUGAACGAAAUGGAAAAAGUUCCAAAAGAUCUCGGAAGUAAAUUGGAACCCAGCAUGUAAACUAACCUGAGAGGAUACCUGAAGAAGCAUAAAUAUGUGAAGCGUAUGAUGACUUUUUUUACUUUGUAUAAUGAUCAUUUUGCAACUUCAAAGUAUUACAUUUUCUUGCAUAGAUUUUGUAAGAUCUACGUUCAAAAGUUGAUAUAAUAUUUUUUUACACUGUAACGAGAAUUGAAGAGACGAAAGAUGAAAAUAAUAUACCGAAUGGUUAUUAGUGGAACAAGCAGAAGGAAUUUUUCUAUCGUUAUUAUUAUCGAACAAAAUAAUGGGUUUGAUAUUACAUGGCAAUAGCCGAAACCUGAUAUUUUCUGUUCACUGAGUCUGUAAUUGUGCAUGAUUUGUCCAAUAUUAUAAUUGACUGAUUAGUUCGGGAUGAUCUUUCUUUUAUGUCAACGUGUCAGAAAUUAUAUCAUUAGUAAAUGCACAAAACCUUUCAACCUUUCCUCGACCAAAAUCUUUUUUGGUGAAACGAAAUGUAUUGACAAAAACAAACUUUAAAUUAUUCUUAAAUGGUCUGCAACAUUGGAAAAACGAACUUCGUAAUGUCUAUUAAUUAUUAUUUAGUGCAGGUCACGCAGUUAUACCUAAUAAUUUGAUCAUAAAUUGAUAGGCCAGUUCUUAUCCGGACUAAUUGAUGAAAAAUUCAACAGGUACCUUGCAUUAUGAUAAAUUCCAUAUUAAUAUUUCCAUAUCUGGUAUACUUGCAUGUCUACCUAUAAUUCGACCUAUAAAAACUGUUUGAAUUGGUCAAUGCUGAGAUCUGUUUAUGUCUCAAUAGUGAGAAGAUCUUAUUACAAUCAUUAGUUGAUGCAAGGAGAUGUUUUACCAUGGAUGUUGUACACUGUUUGUGGAACGUUUAAAUUAUGCAAAAACAAACACAAAAAAUGAUAGACAUUAUUAGAGGAAGUUUAAAAUUUCUACUCAUACUGUGUAUUUUAUUUUAUCUCCUCAGUAAAUACCUCGUUCAAUACCGAACUCUGAUAAUUUUUAGUCUUAAAUCCUAUAUGAUUUUUUUUUGUAAUAUUCCAACAUGUGAGGAAGUUUAUUUAACGUACAUUAAUUGUUUCUAAUAAAUACUUGAAUAUCUUGUAAAAAAACAAAGAGGAAAAAAACAACUCAAGUAAGUCCAA